AUGCAGGCCGCAGAGCAGAGCAGACUGGGACUCGGGUCGCCAGAGAAUGCCACGCUCAAGAACACCACGGAGACGCACGCGUGGGAGCCCGCAAACUUCACCCCGACGUUGCUGGAAGCAAACGGCACUCGAGCAGCCAAUGCUUAUCGCUAUGCCGGCUAUCAGACCUUCGCUACAACAACGCGGUAUGGCGAUGCGAAGGCGGCCGCAUGCGGCGGACUGCACACUGGCCAGCUGACAUCAGGCCUGCCCUACUACAGCGUGGCAUCUGCACAGUCCAUGUGGGAGGGCUGCUGCUGGUGCUCCGGCCCGGGCGGCGGCCGCGGCACGCAGGGGCUCGGCUGCUUCAGCUGUGCGAAGGGCCGCUUCCUCCGCUCGGCUUACGGUUUGAGGGGCCAUCCCAACCUCAAGUCCCUGGAGAAGAGCGGCUUCGCCUCGGACGAGAUCGUCAUUGUGGUGGCCGAUCUGUGCCCCCACCACGGGAACGAGCGCUGGUGCCCGCAGUGGCCCGGGCAGACGAAUCACUACGGCUCCCACAACCACCUGGACUUCUCCCAUCCGCCUCCGGGAAUCGACAACCACAACUUCGUCUUCACUCCGAUCCAGUGCCCCCAUGACCUGCGCCAGCGCUAUGAGUCGCUGUCGCGCUGCAACCGGUGA